AUGAGUCACUCUGGGCGAUUUGGACAUGAGUUCCUAGAGUUUGAUCUACGCACCAUUUCCGAAGGUAGCAGUGCCGCCGUACGAUAUGCGAACAACUCGAACUACCGCAAUGAUUCCCUCAUCCGCAAAGAAAUGUGUGUGAGCGAUGCGAUGGUCGAGGAAGUGAAGCGCAUUAUCAAGCAAAGUGAAAUCCUCAAGGAGGACGACUCGAAGUGGCCUCAGAAGAAUAAAGACGGACGUCAGGAGCUGGAGAUUCGCCUUGGAAACGAGCACAUCUCCUUUGAGACCGCCAAAAUCGGCUCGCUAGUCGACGUGACCGAAUCAGACGAUCCCGAAGGACUUCGAGUCUUCUACUACCUUGUGCAGGACCUAAAGGCUCUUGUCUUUUCACUCAUCUCCCUCCACUUCAAGAUCAAGCCCAUCUAA